AUGGCUGGCGCAGUCGCGAAGCCCGACGCGGCCAUGGGCAAGCAGCCCGGCGCGGCUCCAGCUCCUGCAGCAACCGGCGGCCGCAUCAAGUACGCGGACCCUCGCACGCUGCCCAGCUUCCCCUCGACUGGCCUCGCCCCCGACGGGGCCGCCGCCAGCGCCGCCGCCACCCUCGGCUGGUCCAACCAGAAGCCCGUCGAGCUCUGGAAGCCCGACAAGACCUCGUCCGCCUCGGCCGCUGCCGUUCUCGCCAAAGACUACAAGAUGUCGCCCACCUGGGAGCCCGCCGUCAACCCGGACGGCCACAGGGCCGCCGUCCUCGCCGUGGGCUCCGCCGGAGCCGCCCUCAAGCAGUCGCAGUCGAGGACCAAGACGACCUCGUCGCACUCGCAGGGGAACUGGGGCAAUUCAGCUGCCACCCAGGCCUUUCAGGCAAACCGCCCGGCCACUGCCGAGCCGACCAAUUUGUCGCACGGGAGCUCGGCCGCGACCCAGGCCUUUCAUAUCAGCAGGGCUCAAUCAGCCCGGAAGGCCCAGGCGCCCUCGCCCUCGCCUCAUGCGCAGAGGUCGCUCGUUGCCGCCAAAGGAGCCAUGUCGGGAGGCAAGGCCGCCAAUGCGUCGGACGUCGGCUUCAGAGAUGUCCAAGCGGCGGAAGCCAGAGCCGCUUCCAGCGCUCUUGAUGGCGCAACGCGCGCCCAUCGUGCGUCCAUGCAACCUAAGCCGUCAGUCGGAGAUGCAGGCUCCGUCUCCGUUGUCACAAUGACCCGCAACAUGUUCACGUCGCACCCGCCCGUGAAGCCCGAGGUGGACGAGCAGACCUACAACGAGAGGCUGCAUCAAUCUGCUGUCGACAUGGCCCGCAAGAUGUACCAGCGCCAGCAGCAGAUGGUUGACCAAACCAAGGAGGCUCACGAGGAUGGUGCCCAGGCCGGUCAGACGGGCACCUAUCUCAACCUGCAAGACGCCGCGUACAAGCAGGCCCAGGAACGGCUGGCCAAGCUGCACGACGAGCACCAGCAGAGCCGCGAAUACCAGGAAUACUACGGCAAUGAAGCGAGCCCCCGACGCAGGUUCACCGUGGGAGGCAGGCUGCGCCGACGCUCCUCGUCGGGCGAGGAUGUAGAUGACCGCCAACGCUCCCAAAAGAUCCGCGAGCAAAUGUCCAUGUUCUCCACCAAGCUGUCCCAAGUCGACAAGGACAAGCGCGAAAAGGACCGCGAAGCCCUCCUCGCCGCUGCGCAGCGCAAUGUCAAGGCGCGCUUACAAGGCAUGGAUGAAAAGGUCUACCAGGAGACUGGUCGGGUGAACCCCAGCAUGGUCAGCGACUGGGAGCUCAAGGCUCAGCAGGCUGCCCAGUCGCGCCACGACACGCGCAGCGAGAACCGGGGCAAAAUUGACAUUGGCGGCGGCAAGUUCAUGUCGCCCGAGGAAGUUGAUGCAAUCGCUGCGAGGAAGGUCCAGCCGGUGCUCGACGACAUCAACGAGAAGACCGAGGCUGAGCGCGAGCGGCAGGCGGUCCUCAAGAUGGAGGAGCAGGCCAGGCGUGACGAGGCCGAGAAGCAGAAGGCGCGUGACCGCGAGAUCAAGGACAUCCACAAGAAGACUAGGGACGAGGAGAAGCAACAGGAAAGGGCCAAGAAGCAGCAGGAGAAGGAAGAGGAAAAGGCGAAGAGGGAUGAGGAAAAGGCCAAGCGCGACGAAGAGAAGGCGCGAGAGCAGGCACGGAAAGAGGAAGAGAAGGCUGCGAAGGCGGAGCAGAAGCGCCUGGCCAAGGAAGAGAAGCGGCGAUCCAAGCAUGGUGCCUUUGCUGCCUCGGAUCACGCCGACAACCAGGAGCACGCUGCCGCCACGCACCAAGCUGCCGAAGAAGAGCGCACCUCGGAGCAUGCUCAACCAGGUGCCAGCGCUGCUUCGCCGACGGUCGAUACCAGCGCCGAGGCACCCGGCUCGCCUCAGUCCAAGUCUGAAGCCUCGACCUCUCCGACGUCGAAGGUCAAGGGGUGGAUCAAGAAUCGAUUUUCUCGCGGCAAGUCUAUGAGUGAGGCCGGCGACAAGCGACGUAGCUUCCUCGGGGGAGCGGCCAUGAGGGAGCACGGAGCCAACGGCAGCGCGGCAAGCCUGGAGAAUCGCGCGUCAAGCAUGCGGGACGUGGCGUACGCCGGCAAGGCCAGCGACGAGCACGCCGAUAAGACCAGCGGCGAGCACGCCAGCAAGGCUCUCGACGAGCCUGCUAGCAAGGUUGAAGACGACCACGCCGACGUGGGCGCCGCGGAGGCCGGACCGUCAAGCGCCAGCCACCCGCGUGUGGCAGCAGAAGAGGCGCACGAGCAAGACUCUCACGGGGUCAGCCCCGUGAGCACGCCCCUGGAGGAGGAGAAGCGCCUCGGUGUCGAUUUCGAGGAUGACGACACGAGAGACGGGCGGCGGAUCAGCAUUGAGCCGCCGAAGCCAAUUGAGGACCCUAGUACGCGGGCUGGAAGCAGUCCGAACCGCGACUCUCGGUUCCGGGAAGAGAUGGAUCAAUAA